GAAGUGUAACAUCUCUAUGGCCAAUAUACCAAUGAGUGAAGUAUUUGCCAAGUACAGCUAUCUCAAACCCGAAGCCAUGGAAAUCUCGCGAGAGAGUGCCGAUAUUGACGAGAUGGAUGAGAGGCUACUGAAGAGCGGAUACCCCAUGCCGGUAUUGGGGCUUGGUCUGGGAGGCAUGACGGCAGAAGAGACAGAGAGGGGUGUCCGCCACGCUCUCAAAGUCGGUUACAGGUUGUUUGACACCGAUCCGGAAGACGAAAGCGAGGCAACUUUAGGUGCAUUUUUGGCUAAAAACGAAUACUGUGAACGUGAGGACAUAUUCGUUAUCGUUAAAGUUCACCCAAAAAAUUUGGGCAGAGAGGCGACAAGAAAGUCGAUCGAGCGAUCUUUACAGAGGUUGCAGACGGACUAUCUUGAUUUGGUUCUGAUCCAAGCGCCAUCGUGCGACGAGAAGAAUUUUAAAUGCGAAGCAGACGACAACCGCGGCACGUGGCAGGAAUCAUGGGAAACUCUUGAAGAAAUGAACAAAACUGGAGUUGUUCGUUCAUUAGGGGUAAGCAACUUCAAAAAGUCGCAGAUGAAGGAACUUCUCAAAAAGGCAACUGUCCCCGUUUCUGUUCUCCAAGCCAGAUUCGAUCUAAUGACAAGAAACACAGCGCUGAGGAUAUUUUGCGACAAAAACGGAAUUCAGUUCAUGGCGCACAGUUUGCUUGGCUUCGGAUGGGUGGCCGACGGGCUCUUUGAGGAAAACCCAAUCAUCGGCAGUUUCCCGGUGAUGCUGGCUGCGAGAAAAUACCGCACCAGCCCAGCGUCCGUUUUGAUCAGAUUCGCUCUGGAUCGGAACAUCACCGUCGUCCCCCGGUCGUCCAAUCCGCUGCAUAUUUCUCUGAACAAGCAUGCUGCGUAUUUAGAUAUUCCUGACAGCCCAGACAUAAUGAACAGUCUGGAAGACUUCCCUCACAGACAGUGACAUUAAGAAAUAAAAACUUUUAAGGGAAAUGAAGGUAACAAAAAAAAAAAAAUCUCCCUAACUCAUUAAUUUCACUUACAUGCAUCUACAGUAGGUAUACCAUACUAUUAGAUUAAUUUUUUCAUGAAUAUUCAGAAAAGUAUAAGAAGCAGGGAAUAUGGGAGCAGACGACAUGCGGCAUGUGGCACAAACCUUCGGAAAUAUUUCCCUUUAGACAAUGAAAUUAAGAUAUUGUAUGGAGGUGAAGAGUAAAAAUAAAAUAAUAAAAAAAAACUCCAACUUCCUUAUAUCACGAUUUAUAUGCACAUGUGAU